UUGUACUAAUUUGGAGACGUGCAAUCGAAUAUAUGAGUUAUUGUUUAUAUAAUAAGUUUCGUUGUGUUGAUUUUAAAUGCAGAUGUGAAUAUAAACGAGUAAAUCAUAGCAUUUUUCAUAAAAAUAGCUAAGAGAGUAAGCACCCAACAACAAUUGCAUAUAUGCAUGGGAGUAUAUAUAUAUAUGUAUGUAUGUGUAAGCAACAAGGCUGAUUAAGAAAAGUAAAUCAACUAAAAGUUCAAGUUAAAAGUUAAACAAAUUGUACUUAGAAGCGCAACAAUUUAAAAACAAACCACCCUCUACAAAAUGGAAGCAAUUGCCAAACAUGAUUUCUCUGCUACUGCCGAUGAUGAACUUAGUUUCCGUAAAACUCAAAUUCUAAAGAUAUUAAAUAUGGAGGACGACUCAAAUUGGUACCGCGCCGAGUUGGAUGGGAAAGAAGGGCUUAUACCCAGUAAUUAUAUAGAAAUGAAAAAUCACGACUGGUACUAUGGACGCAUAACACGUGCCGAUGCGGAGAAGCUGCUGUCAAAUAAACAUGAAGGCGCCUUUUUGAUACGCAUCAGCGAAUCUAGUCCCGGCGAUUUCUCCUUAUCCGUCAAAUGUCCUGAUGGGGUCCAGCAUUUUAAAGUACUACGGGACGCACAGAGCAAAUUUUUUCUCUGGGUUGUCAAGUUCAAUUCCCUCAACGAAUUGGUCGAAUAUCAUCGAACGGCGAGCGUAUCGCGAUCACAGGACGUAAAAUUACGUGAUAUGAUACCUGAAGAGAUGCUCGUUCAGGCGCUAUACGAUUUUGUGCCACAGGAAUCUGGUGAAUUGGACUUUAGACGCGGAGAUGUCAUCACCGUUACAGAUCGUUCUGAUGAGAAUUGGUGGAACGGCGAGAUCGGCAAUAGGAAAGGCAUUUUUCCAGCAACCUAUGUGACGCCAUAUCAUUCAUAAUAUUGUUCACCCCAACACACACAUACAUAAGCAUAAAACAUAAUUCACACCCUAUACUAUGAAAUACCAAUUUUAAAUACAUAUUAUUAUAUGUACUGUUCAAUAAUACGACAUGAGCAUUGCAUAUAGAAACAUAUUGUAUAAACUGUAAGCAUAACAGCCGAAUGCAUUUUUUACGUCAUUGACAAGCAGUUUGCAGCCAUAUUCUAAAUUAAUGCAAUAUUACAAGAAAAGAAAAAUUCAACUGACAACUAAAUCCUCUUGUAUGGUGAAUAUAUUAUACAUCGCACUAUAUUAUUAAUGUAACAAUUUUUGAUAUAUAUACAAAUAUAUAUAUAUAUAUAUAUAUUUUUAUUUAAGUCCAAUCACAUGUAGCUUUCCACGUACACCACUCUAAAUGUGCUAUUUAUUUUGUGUGCGUGUAUGUGUGUGAGAAAGAGAAAAUUUUAUGAUAAUUAACUAUAUUAUAAAAAAAAUUACCAAUAACAACUCUACACAAACUACCGCUUAUUCGACAAAAAUAUUUAAUAAUAAAACUAUGACAACAACUUUUGCCUAAAUGUCUCAAAGCGAAGACAAAUAAAAUUAUUAUCCUAAUUAACAGUCAAGUAUAAUAUAUUUACAUAUAUGUAAUAUAUAAAUAUAUAUAUUUAACAGUCGAUGCGAUGUUAAGCAUACAUUUAUACUGAGUUUCAAUUGUACGAUGCGCCUAUAAUCAAAUUAUGUAAAAUUUGUUUUCUCAUAUAAGAUUUUUGUGUGAUUGACAUUCAGUUGCUGGCAUUUUAUAAACUUUUGCAACCUUUCGAAAAAAUAUUACUUAUUUGCUAUUGAUAUACAUUGCGUUUUAAAUGAAAACAUACUAUUAUAUAUUAAUUUUUGUUUUGCAUAAGCGCCUUUUGUUGUCAUAAUAAUUCACCGACAAGUAGUUGCACACUUCUAACAUUACGUACAUUAUGCAUUACAAUAAAUACGAAGUUGCCAAUAUCAGUAA